UGUAGGCAACACAGGCACGGCAGAGGCGCCCCGCCGCGGACGACUGCACGCAGUACAUUGACAGCUGAAACCGUCAACAAAACGAGAAUAAUAUUGUCUUGUUCUGCAAUACGUUCAGCUAACCAUUCACGCUUACGACGAAACGCGGACAACACGUGGCCGAGUAAUAUUAGAGCGACCGCGGCAUGCUACACACCGCACGCUCGCCCCAGUCCGGCAGCGCACCACGCACCGCUCAGUGUCCUCCCAUGCGUGCUCCACUCUGUCACAGAGCAUAAAUGUUAGUUCCGAGAGUGCACCACAACACCGACAAUGGCCAACCGCAAGUGGAGGGAAUAUGUGACGGCUCUCAGUGCUACUUUGAUCACGGCGGCGGCUGGCACGACCGUGGGUUGGACAUCACCAACUCUGCCCAUCCUGCUAGCCCCAGACUCACCCAUAGCGACGUCACCAGAUCAGAGCUCAUGGAUCGCCUCAAUUAUGAUAUUAUGUUCAGCCGCGAGCCCUAUUCCUGCGGCGUACCUCGCAGACAGGAUCGGAACCAAGAAGACGUUACUCCUGGCUUCGGUUCCUUACAUCAUUGGGUGGAUACUGGUGAUGUUUGCAGGCAAUGUACCCACGAUAUACGCCUCCCGUCUCAUCUCCGGCCUCGGAUACGGCAUAGCCUACACCACCGCGCCUAUGUACCUUGGCGAAAUCGCCUCCGAUGACGUAAGAGGCGCCAUGGCAACACUCAUCACUGUCAUGUCGAAGUUCGGUAUCCUGUCUCAGUAUUGCAUCGGACCGUACGUGUCCAUGUUGGGUCUGGCCAGCUUCAACAUCGCUAUCCCGAUCCUAUUCGUGGUGACCUUCAGCACUAUGCCAGAGUCACCGUACUACUACAUCAAACAUGGUCAGAAGCAAGAAGCAGAAGCCUCACUCAAGAAGCUCAGAGGUCGCAGCUACGUCAGAGAAGAAUUGGAAAGUAUGAACAACCUUGUCUCAGAGAACAUGAAAGAGAAGGGUCGAUGGAAAGACCUGUUUUAUGUAGGAGGGAACAGGAAAGGCCUCAUCAUUCUGAUGGGCAUAUACUUCACGCAACAAUUCUGCGGCAGCACUGCGAUCAUAUCAUACGCGCAGCAGAUAUUUGGUGCAGCUGAGGGAGGCUUGGGAGCUGAAGAAUCCUGCAUACUGUUCGGAACUGUUCAACUCCUGACAUCAGCCAUGUCGUCACAACUGGUGGACAGGCUAGGAAGGAAGCCUCUUCUAUUAAUUUCGUCGUGUGGCGUCGGACUAGCCAACGUCAUCAUCGGAGCGUACUUCUUCAUGAAACACCAGAACAGCGAAUACCUCGUCAGUUUAAAGUUCAUUCCUAUCGUUGUGAUACCCAUAUUUAUAUUCUCGUACACUAUAGGUUUAGCCACGGUGCCCUUCGCUAUCACUUCGGAAAUAUUCCCCACAAACAUUAAAUCAAAGGCGACUUGUGUUAUCCAGAUAUUUGCGGCGUUAAUGACGUUCGCGGUAACGAAGUUGUAUCAAGUGGUGGCGGAUAAUUUAGGGAACUAUGUCGCCUUCUGGGGGUUCGGGGCGCUGUCAGUGCUCGGUGUUAUAUUUAUAUUGUUGCAGCUGCCUGAAACUAAGGGACAGUCGUUUGCGGCGAUACAGGAGAGGCUGUAUUCGCCAAAUAAAGUAGUGUAUGAAAAAGAUGAGGACCACAUGGCCAGAGUUAAGAUUACCUUGUGACAAAGUACAUUGUUUCUAAAGUAUAAGUAUUUUGUAAGUUAUUUAAUUCUGUACACUUUAAGUUGUUCGUUAUACAUAGUACUUUAAUGUUAUGCAGUACUUAAUUCUCCGUCCGCGCUACGUGGCGACAUUCCGCAGAAAACCUAAUUUGUCGUGCCUGUCUUCUUUGUAUUAUAUCGUAGUUGUAACUGUUAUAGCGAGAGCUAUAGACCAAAGAAUUCAUUUUAGCACUUCUAGAAAAGUUUCUCGACGGUUCUCGAACGUUUAGGUUUCAAAUUAUAGAAAUAUUUUGCUUCUAUUGUGAAUGGACUUCCAUUUGUUUUAGCCCAGUUGUAAUUGUAAUAGAAGAUUAUGAUCUAUAAUUUUAUGUAAGUUUUCGUAUUAAGUUUGUUUGAGUAUUAUGUGCCAACAAUAUAAGAUGGAGCAUCUACUUAGCAGUUUAAAUGUGAUGGAUAAAACUAGAAGAGUGAAAAGUGCCUGCGUUAACUAAUAACAUGAUACUUAAGUAGUUUAUAGUAUAUACUGUUAUUUAUUACAUGAAACAUUUAUUAUAAGGAUUAAAAAGUGCCUUUAUAUAUACAACAAAUAUCUACAUAACAGAACAAGUACAAAACAUAAUAUAAGUUACAGUAAUGUUAGUUCUUGUAAACUAUAUCAAGUUUUUAAACAGCUUGUUAAUAUUCACAGGGAUAUAAAAACGAAUUUAUGCUUGAAUAACAGUUGAAUGUUUAUGGAAUCUCUUACAUUACUUGUUGUAUGAAUCCGAAAACCGAAUGAAUGGUAACGGUGGCGGAAUACUUUUGUUUUAAAUAGGUACAAAGAUUGAAAUUAGUACAGUCACCACACGCUACUCGGCAUUGUUACAACAAUAUCGUAUGUAACGUAACUAAUUAUCAAUUAUUCAACUAUCAAUCGUAAAAUAUAUUACCUUAUUAAAUGAGACACAACAUAGUGCUUUAAAUUGCCUGUAUUUAAAGUUUAUAAUUGUUUAAAACCGAGUCGCAUAGCAUGUGGAAACCGCACUAGAGCAACAAUAAGUUCCAAGCCAAACAUUUUAUAAAUGGAUUGUAACUCGUCACUAGUUAGAAAAGUUUUUGUACUCCUCGGUAACUGGUAACUGGAACAGGGGUUGGCUAUUAUUUUUCCUUGUUUAGAACGGCCCGGACAGUUCGGUACAGUCGACCAAAUAGUUUCGUGUUCACCUACUCGUAACUCCUACGGACGAGUUGCGGGAUUUUUUCUCGGAGUUGUAAACUCCCGCUUUUCAGUUUUGCCUGACGUGUUUAUUCUAUUAAUUUCUUAAUAGUUGAUCCUGUUUUUAUACAUGUAAAUAAAUUUUGCCAUUUAAAAAAUAGUGCCUUAUCUCUAACGUAACACGUUAAAUUAUUUUGUAAAUUUUGACAUAGAAGUUUUAGUAUCCAACUUUGAGUUUGGCAAUGAAGACAUUUCUAUUUAAUGAUGGUACAAGUAUAAUUUCAAAUAGUGUAUAAAUAAUUGUUAAUGGAAUA